GGGAUUAAAAUAGUGAAGACUGUGACCAUUAAUCUUCUGACCUCCAUAGACCCUUCCUAAUGUCAAUAAAAUGGUCUAAUCGUACACAAUCUUAAGGUAAAAAUGUGUCCCAGUAUUGAAGGGAGUUAACAAGAUGUGUUGGAGGUUGCUGACGUACGUGUGUGCUUGUAUGUGCGUUCGUUGUGUGUGCGGAAAUAUAAAAGAAUAAAUAAAUAAAGUGCGUGACAAGGGAAUAAAGCUAUUUUUCUUUCGAGUUACACGGAGGAAAAAAAAUAUUAAUCCAUUUGUCACACGUGUUUAUUCCAAUGGAGGGAUAGCAAAACACACACACACACACACACACACACACACACACACACACACACACACACACACACACACGGUCAACAAAAACGUGAAUUGAAUCGACUCACAUUUGACUAGUACUGCUGUAGGAGCACGGUGGCGACAGUGACAGUGACAGUAUUAGGGCAAGUGACAGCGUGACUCACACAUGAACACACCUGGUGACGGCUGCUCUUGUGUUGCUGCGGGUGGAAGCUGCUGGUGUAGUGCUUGAGUCAAUAUUUCAAAACGCUUCUUGGUCUCUUAAAGAAGUUUCAAAAUGUCACAUAGAUUAUUUGACAGUGCGUGUGGAUUAUUUGGCAAUGCGUGGGUUUUUCUCAAUUAAUGAUGCACAAGUUUAUGAAAAUGCCCUUGUAAAGCCAGUAACGUUAAUUAGAAGCUAUUUGAAUUGAUGUAUGGUGCUAAAAUGUUUGAGAGAACUUUCCUUUGCCUAACGUGCGUGGCUGCAGAGACGUGACAGGUCCUUCACACAGCUCCAUAUAUAAUUCAUAACAGGUGAUGGCAAGGGAUUAAGCUAACAAGACCAUCAUCUCUCUCUCUCUCUUGAUUGAUUGAUCUAUCUGUCGUUCCACUCGAAACACUUCCCCCAAUUUUACGCGACAUGAUCUAGUCAGCACUGCACAGCCUGACAAAUACCCUGGCGUCAACUCAUAAGGAAUAAUGUGCUGGAGAGGACAUACAACACUACAGCUGACGUAUUCUGACUAACUUCUCGCCUACCAGUCCUCACGUCUUAGUUCCAGGUGUCAGCUGCACAUUAACCCCUUCCGUACCAUGAAGCGAAUUCAUAUUUAUUCUGCUUACUAUUUGGCGAUUUUAUAGUUUCAGAAAUUUAUGUGGGUGAUUAAAAUAGAGAAGACCGUGGCCAUUAAUUUUCUGACCUCCAUAGACACCUAAUGUCAAUAAAAUGGUCUAAUCUUACAAAAAAUCUCAAGGUAAAAAUGUGUCCCAGUACUAAAGGUGUUGAUAAAAGGAAAAUGUAUUAAAAUUCCUAAGAAAAGAAACUGAAGGGAUAAGGCGACAAAGGAACCAAACCUCCAUAUCUCUUCACACCUACUUCACACACAAACAGAAAAGCACAGAGGUGAAAAUCGAUGUGUGGUGACAACUCGUGACUCAGAACCCGAAGUGACUCCUGCUGGAUAAACAUGAAUGACACAACCGUCACUCCGCCCCGGCCCGCCCCACCCCUCGGCCCUCUCCUCUCCGUGAAUGAAGACGACGACUACGAUGCCUGGGUGCUGGCGGGGGGACGACUCUUCCGCGCCCACGCCUCUGUCCUGGCCUCCCACAGCGCCUACUUGCGUGGAGCUGCCGUGGGGGGUGUGACAGGGACGCGCGGGGACGUCAGACUACUGCUCCCUCAUGUUCCUCCCGCUGGGUUCGCUGCCAUUCUCACCUACAUGUACACAGGCCGCCUCCCUGUCACCCCCGCCACACUCUAUGAGGUGUUGCUUGCGGGGCACCUGCUACAGAUGGCAGGUGUGGUGUCCCUCUGCCAGGCGCUGCUCACCACUACCACCACCACCACCACCAGUGCCGGCGAGGGGGGAGCGGGCUUGGGUGUGACCCCGGACCUGCCAUCACUGCCCCCUGCCCUCAGUGUGUGGCGGGGGCUGGCUAGACUCGUGCCACCCCCGCCCCACCACCCUCACCAGCACCCAGGCGCCUCCUCCCCCUCCUCCUCGUCACUCACCCUCCCUGCAACCAUCAUCCGCCCAACUCCAACCCGCGCCCGUCCACUCCACCCGCCGCUUGAUCUGACAAGGGAACCCGAGGCGAUGGAGACCGAGACUGGCGGGGGUGAGGAGAGAAACACAUCAGCGUCCUUCCACCACCACCCAGUUACCUCCACCUCCACCGCCCCACUACAGCAGCCCACCCCGCAACACUUCCACCAAAACUUCAGAGGACUGAGUCACCGCGAGGACAAGGCCACGGUGGGAGGGCGUGUCGGCGCGGUGGUUCUAGACGUGGCCACUUGUGAUGGUCCUGUGUUCUUCGAGAGGGUCAUCAACAGGGCAUAUAAAGCCAAUCCUCUCCUCGGCCCAGAAGAUUCAGAGACAGAGACAGAGAUCAAUGUGGAGGAGGUGGACUCAAGUGAGGACACAUCCAACCGUCCUCCACAUGCUGCUGACGACAAGAGCAGAGACGGACUAUCCAGCCUCCUUCGGGUCUCCUCCACCACCUCCUUGAAGGGCGAGAGCAAGGUCCUGACACAGCCUUCUCAGCGCAGCUCCUCCCCACCCAUACCUAACAACACCCUCAGCAGAACCUACCACUGUGUCUACUGCAACCACACCUUCAAGAGCCACUAUUGCUACCAGGUGAGCACAAUGAGAACACACACACCCAUACACACUCACACACUCUAACAUACAUUCUCUAUUUUUGUUCCAUUAUGACAUCCAAGACAUUUUGCUCCAUACACUGGGAAAUUAUACAAAACUAUCACAAUAAACUGCAUCUUAAAGCAUCUAAACACACACACACACACAUGAUAAAGAAGCCUCAACACUCUUUCUAAUCUGAACUCUUUUCUCCCUCAACAGAAGCACAUGCGGCGCCACAUCAACCCCAUCACAGUGGAGGUGGACAAGCUGAGGCCAUCCACUACUUCCACCACCAACACCACCACCUCCCCAACUUCCCAGAAUGACAACACAGUACCAACAGGAGACGGGAAUAGCAGUGUGGGGACAGCAGGUGGAGGUGGUGGAGGUGGUGGAGGUGGUGG